CGACUGGCGGCGCUCUGUCUUUCUCCGCGCAGUAUCUAUGGUAGUCUUCCCAGUCCACCCGCCCCUUGGGUAGCAGCCCGUCACAUGACGGGCUUUGGGAUUACAGGAGGUGCCCACGUGAUCCUGGCCUGCUGACGGUGCCCGCGGUGAGGUACCUGGGCUCCUGAAGGGCGGGCGUUUGGGUCAUAACUGCCGCUGCCGGCGGACGCUCUCGGGCGACCAGGGUCGGUAACGAGAAGCCGGUGGGGACAGUCACUACUUAGUGCCUACCGCACGGGUCUGCUCUUUCUGCCACCUCCGCCGUCUCCACCUCUUUUCGGGUGAAGUCACAUUUGCGUUUCGAGACUUUGGGUCCUGAGGCCCAAACUCGACACGAGUCCCCACCACUCCUCUUUUUCACUCAUCCUCCGUCUCUUCCUUUGCACCACCACAUCAUUUAGCCUUUGAACUGGCCAGCUAGGCUGUUCCUUGAGGCCAAGUUCAAGGCGGUUUAAAGUAACCGUGGGGAAAGCAGCCCCCCAGUGGACAAAGGCGGAGGCAAGAAUAGAGCAGGCCUAGCGGCCACAGGCAAUUAAAGUAGGCGACUGAGGGUGUGAACAGGAAAAAAGGAAAAAAAAAAAAAAAAAAAAAAGAAAAAAGAAAAAGAGUACUGCGGUUUAGAAAGGACUGGAAAGGACUUGUUGCACGAUGGAAGAAUCUGACUCUGAGAGAAAGAUGGAGAAAGAGAAUCUGGGGCCAAGAAUGGAUCCUCCCAUAGGGGAACCUGAAGGAUCGCUAGGGUGGGUGCUACCAAAUACAGCCAUGAAGAAAAAGGUGCUGUUGAUGGGUAAAAGUGGGUCUGGUAAGACCAGUAUGAGGUCUAUUAUCUUUGCAAAUUAUAUUGCCAGAGACACACGUCGCCUUGGUGCAACAAUACUAGACCGUUUACAUAGUCUUCAAAUUAAUAGCAGUUUGAGCACCUACUCUCUCGUAGACUCUGUUGGAAAUACAAAGACAUUUGAUGUAGAACAUUCUCAUGUUCGAUUUCUGGGAAACCUGGUAUUGAACCUGUGGGACUGUGGUGGACAGGACACUUUCAUGGAAAAUUAUUUCACUAGCCAGCGAGACAACAUCUUCAGAAAUGUGGAGGUUCUGAUAUAUGUGUUUGAUGUGGAAAGCCGUGAAUUGGAAAAGGACAUGCAUUAUUACCAAUCAUGCCUAGAGGCUAUUCUGCAGAAUUCUCCAGAUGCCAAAAUCUUUUGCUUAGUACACAAAAUGGAUCUGGUACAGGAGGAUCAACGGGACCUGAUUUUUAAAGAGCGAGAAGAAGAUCUGAGGCGUUUGUCUCGCCCAUUGGAAUGUUCUUGUUUCCGAACAUCUAUCUGGGAUGAAACUCUCUAUAAGGCUUGGUCCAGCAUUGUUUAUCAGCUGAUCCCCAAUGUUCAGCAGCUGGAAAUGAACCUAAGGAAUUUUGCUGAAAUUAUUGAGGCUGAUGAAGUCCUUUUGUUUGAGAGAGCUACUUUUCUGGUGAUUUCUCACUAUCAGUGUAAAGAGCAGCGUGAUGCCCACAGAUUUGAGAAAAUCAGCAACAUUAUUAAGCAAUUUAAGCUGAGCUGCAGCAAGCUAGCUGCUUCUUUCCAGAGCAUGGAAGUCAGGAACUCUAACUUUGCUGCUUUCAUUGACAUCUUUACAUCCAACACUUAUGUGAUGGUCGUGAUGUCUGAUCCAUCCAUUCCUUCUGCAGCUACUCUGAUCAACAUCCGCAAUGCCAGGAAACACUUUGAAAAGCUGGAAAGAGUGGAUGGACCAAAACAGUGUCUCCUCAUGCGCUAAACAUUGCCACAUGUUGUUUCAAAAAAUUUUGAAAUACUGUUUCUUAAUUAAUCUUAAUGUUGUAUUCAUAUAUGUAAGCUCUGAAAUGUGAUGCUUACCACUUGUGUAUUUCUUCCCCACAUCAGUCUCAACGUUUAACCUUGAAUGCUGUUUACUAAAAUAGCCAGUGAGAAGUUAGAAAAUGAGCUGUUCAUGGACUUGAUGUGACAUAAAAGUAUGUGAUAUGUAAGUGUUCUGAUAACAAGAUUCUAAUAGUGUGUGUUCUGAUAACCUGGUUCUAAUAGUUGUGUAUGCCAUAGCCUUUUCCAACAUCAUCUUGUAUUCCUCAUUGGAUAGUAACCUAUAAUUUGGAAUAUUACUAAUUUCUCAGCAUGCAUUAAAAUUAUUCCUUAACUUCAACUGUAAAUAAACUUUUGCUGUUAGGGA